GGUUCGGGGAGGUCUGGGGGGGAGGAUGGACAAGUGAGAAGGUUUGGGCGACUGCUGGCAGCGCUAUGGAGACGGUGCAGCUGAGGAACCCGCCGCGCCGACAGCUGAAAAAGUUGGAUGAAGAUAGUUUAACCAAACAACCAGAAGAAGUGUUUGAUGUCUUAGAGAAACUUGGAGAAGGGUCCUAUGGCAGUGUAUACAAAGCUAUUCAUAAGGAGACUGGGCAGAUCGUUGCUAUUAAACAAGUUCCCGUGGAAUCAGAUCUGCAGGAAAUAAUCAAAGAAAUUUCUAUAAUGCAGCAGUGUGACAGCCCUCAUGUAGUCAAGUAUUAUGGCAGUUAUUUUAAGAACACAGACUUGUGGAUUGUUAUGGAGUACUGUGGGGCCGGUUCUGUAUCUGAUAUCAUUCGAUUACGAAAUAAGACGUUAACAGAAGAUGAGAUAGCUACAAUAUUACAGUCAACUCUGAAAGGCCUGGAAUACCUUCAUUUUAUGAGAAAAAUACACCGAGACAUCAAGGCAGGAAACAUUUUGUUAAAUACAGAAGGACAUGCAAAGCUUGCAGAUUUUGGAGUAGCAGGUCAACUUACAGAUACCAUGGCCAAGAGGAACACAGUGAUAGGAACACCGUUUUGGAUGGCUCCAGAAGUGAUUCAGGAAAUUGGGUACAACUGUGUCGCAGACAUCUGGUCUCUGGGAAUAACAGCCAUAGAAAUGGCUGAAGGAAAGCCCCCCUAUGCUGAUAUCCAUCCAAUGAGGGCAAUCUUCAUGAUUCCGACAAACCCUCCUCCUACAUUUCGAAAGCCAGAGCUGUGGUCAGAUCACUUCAUGGAUUUUGUGAAGCAGUGUCUUGUAAAAAGCCCUGAGCAGAGAGCCACAGCCACUCAACUCCUGCAGCACCCAUUUGUGAAGAGUGCCAAAGGAGUGUCAAUAUUGCGGGACUUAAUUAAUGAAGCCAUGGAUGUGAAAUUGAAACGGCAAGAAGCCCAGCAGCGGGAAGUGGACCAGGAUGAUGAAGAAAACUCAGAAGAAGAUGAAAUGGAUUCUGGCACAAUGGUUCGAGCAGUGGGUGAUGAGAUGGGCACUGUCCGAGUAGCCAGCACCUUGAGCGAUGGAGCCAGCACUAUGAUUGAGCAUGAUGACACGCUACCGUCACAGCUGGGCACCAUGGUGAUUAAUGCCGAAGAUGAGGAAGAGGAAGGGACUAUGAAAAGAAGGGAUGAGACCAUGCAGCCUGCAAAACCAUCUUUCCUUGAAUACUUUGAACAAAAAGAAAAGGAAAAUCAGAUCAACAGCUUUGGCAAGAGUGUAUCUGGCCCACUGAAGAAUUCUUCAGACUGGAAAGUACCACAGGAUGGAGACUAUGAGUUUCUUAAGAGUUGGACGGUGGAGGACCUUCAGAAGAGGCUCUUGGCUCUUGACCCCAUGAUGGAGCAGGAAAUUGAAGAGAUUCGGCAGAAGUACCAAUCCAAGCGGCAGCCCAUCCUGGAUGCCAUUGAGGCUAAGAAGAGACGGCAACAAAAUUUCUGAGCAAGACUGAGCCCUGGGCUCUUGUGAAUUCUGGACUGCUCGUCCCGUGUCUGUCAGCCAGCACUUACGCUAAGUCGUUUCUCCACAGCACCUUUGUGAACUCAGGAAUGUGCGCCAGUGGGAAGGGCUACUUGACGGUCACUGUGCCAUCUUGAUGUGUGUAUUUACGUUGGCCAGGUAGAUUAUUU